GUCACGCCACUCAACACUUCUAGUACACUCUAAUAGAAGCAUGCGCGCACGAAAGUUGCGUAUGUUUACCUGUUGUUACCAUCUUUAUUUGUGUGUGUGGUCCAUGUUGUAGUUGCUUUUUAACAAAAUGAGCGCAUCGUCUCUUGUUUGUAAGCGAGUGUUGCCGAAGGAUGCUAGAAAGUUAUUGCGUGCAGUAUUCCCUGUGCUUAAGGAGAAGGAUGAAGAUCUGAAGGACAUCACUGAGAAGCUGAAGCUGGUAUUCAACCACGAUUUAAACAUUCGGCUUAACACUUAUGGUAUUAACGUCUAUCCAAUCGGACACUUGGAGACUUUUGCAAGGGGGGUGAUUGGUUACAAUGUGGGAACAAGGGAUAGUAUUUCACGUUGGCUGCGACUUUCUAACAGAAAGUUUGUCGUAAAGGGAUGCUUUGGCACAGAUACCUGCAGUUAUAAUUCUCUGGGACGUGUUGUUGAAACAGCACCAUAUGAUCACAUCUCAGAAGAAAAGUUGCUGCAGGUGUUUCCACAGUUUCUUGGUGAAAUAAAACAGGCAGUCAGCCUUCCUGAAGCGCCUCCACGUGAUGCAGAGAUGGUUGCCAAACGAGACCAUGUGGCUGUCAUGAAGCAUCUGGCCAUCUGUCAUAGCAUCAGAUGUACUGAGCUUAGUCUACCUCAUUUUUCACUAGAUAUACUGUGUGGGCCAGGGUUUUCACCUCGGGUAUUUGUGCACGACUUGGGGAAAGCAUUAGAUAGCUGUGCACAUGUGACGCACAUGGAGCUGGUACAGUAUGGUCCCUUUACCCUUGAGCAUGCACUGCCAAGCUACCGAUGGUCAUGGGAAGAAGCCAAAGCAACCUCUGAGAAGCUGCACACCCUUUGGUACACCCACGUUGGAGACAUGCGAAAUGAAAUGAAGGACAGGGCGAGCCACUUUGGAAAUGUCGCCAGGUACUUUUAGAAGAAAUGUAUAGGCUUACAAUAAAUUAUGCUACGUCAAUUAUU